AUGUCAAACACCAACGGCAACGGUGUCGCUGAACGCCGCGAUUCAUCCGCAACUAGGCGCGCUCCUACUCCUGGAAAAGCCACCGUGCUGGCAAUCGGCAAGGCCUUCCCGAGCCAACUCAUUCCACAGGAUUGCUUGGUUGAAGGCUACUUCCGUGACACCAACUGCGCUGAUUUCGCCAUGAAAGAGAAGCUGGCACGCUUGUGCAAAACAACCACAGUGAAGACCAGAUACACAGUAAUGUCCAAAGAAAUCCUAGACAAGUAUCCAGAACUAGCAACCGAAGGCUCACCAACUAUUACGCAAAGGCUCGAUAUAGCGAACCAAGCCGUAACCGAGAUGGCAAAGGAAGCUAGUUUAGCCUGCAUCAAACAAUGGGGUAGGCCUGCAGGAGAUAUCACUCAUGUAAUCUAUGUUUCCUCAAGCGAAAUCAGACUUCCAGGAGGCGAUCUCUAUCUCGCUAGCGAACUCGGCCUAAGAAGCGAUGUUAAUCGCGUGAUGCUCUAUUUCUUGGGAUGCUACGGGGGCGUUACAGGCCUUCGAAUCGCUAAAGAUAUAGCCGAAAACAACCCUGGAAGCCGAGUCUUGUUAACCACUUCUGAAACCACCAUUUUAGGGUUUAGGCCACCAAACAAAUCCCGCCCAUACGAUCUAGUCGGAGCUGCUCUUUUCGGAGACGGAGCAGCAGCCGCCAUCAUCGGCGCUGACCCAAUGACCAAAGUCGAAUCUCCUUUCAUGGAACUGAGCUUCGCUGUUCAACAGUUCCUCCCAGGGACUCAUAGUGUGAUCGACGGGCGGCUUUCUGAAGAGGGUAUAAACUUCAAGCUGGGAAGAGACUUGCCACAAAAGAUAGACGAUAACAUUGAAGGGUUUUGCCAGAAACUGAUGGAGAAAGCUGGUGGUUUGGAGGACUUCAAUGAUCUGUUCUGGGCGGUGCACCCUGGCGGUCCGGCGAUCCUGAACCGGUUGGAGACCACAUUGAAGUUGAGAGGGGAGAAACUGGAUUGUAGCAGAAGGGCAUUGAUGGAUUUUGGGAAUGUGAGCAGUAACACCAUCAUUUACGUGAUGGAAUACAUGAAAGAAGAGUUGAUGAACAGAGAGAAUGGAGAAGAAUGGGGACUUGCUUUGGCUUUUGGGCCUGGGAUCACGUUCGAAGGCAUUCUUCUUCGUAACCUCAAUUAG